AUGGAGCCAAGAAGCUCUCAAGGCAAAGAGAGGCAGCCAAGCAUACGGUUUCUCAAUUUGACAAACCCCAGCGACGCCACCAAAUCGGAUGCACUCACUGUUAUACGCUCACACGUGGCCAAGAACACUCAUGGCCGCAAGCAAGAGAGUCGACGUGCUCGCCUAGAGAUUCGGCAAUAUCGGCCGGAGACUGGAUCGAGCAAGGCUAACGAUCGCUGGUCGCAAGUAGAUUUUGACAGCCAGCCGGUGCCAAAAACCGGAGAAUUUCAGCUAUCAGUGGCACCCGAACCCAAGCACGAGGAGGAGGUUCGACCAGUUGAGUUAGAAAUAUGGAUGCCCAAUCCGCAAACCUAUGUAACAUCCAAUCGGAGGAAUCCCUUUCAAAGCACUGCCAUAGCGGUUUCUGAUUACGAGAACGGCUUGAUCGAUCAUUACAUUACCUACGUUGUAGACAACGGGUAUACAGACUGUAUCCACACCGAGACCGAACAACUCCUUCUCCAAAAUGUCCGAUCCCAGUUUGUUCCAUGGUCGCUUACGGAGCGAGGCCUACAAGCUGGCCUGUUGAUGGCGGCCUGUCGAAGUUUACUAGUUUUACAUCCCGACGAUGAUUCGUAUAGAGUGUCACUGCUAAGAUAUAAGAGUGAAUGCAUUCAAAUCCUUCGCGCUGCGCUCUCGGCCACGGAUGGAAGAGAAAUCAGCGAUUAUACCAUCGCUUUGGCUUUGGUAUUAACAACGGAAGAGGCAAGUAUUUUGACCCCUAUUGCAUCUAUAUGA